GAAAUGAAAAUGGAGAUUAGAAGUUAGAACGAAUGGAUGAUAAUGGCCGAUUAUGAUCAUUAGGAAAAGGAGAUACAUCCCAAGCAAGGGGCGAAGUAAAUAAUAGAAUGGGAGGUGGUGGUGGAAAUGAAGCGAAAACGGAGGUGGAAAGCAGAGAAUGGUACAUGGCAGCUUAUGCAGCGGAGGGGGUUCCGCCCUCCGAUCAUCUGAAACUCCGAACGGUGAAGCUAUCUCUGGUCGCCGAUUCAAUCCCUGAUGGCCAUGUUGCCCUGGAGCUCCUCUUUGUUUCGGUGGAUCCAUACCUUCGCACCAGAAUGAGUGGCUCUCGCGACCCCGUCCAAUUUGAACUUAACCACGUGAUAUCAGCUUUUGGGAUUGGAAGGGUGAUCCGAUCCAAGGACAGUAAGUAUGAAGAGGGUGAUAUUGUGGUUCAUCCGAAUUGUCCCAUUGCUGAGUACUGCGUCACGUCCUCUUUGAUGCUCAGAAAGUUCGAUCCAAACUCUGGAAUAUCGUUGCCUGACUACAUAAGCUCCAUGGGAGUACCAGGGUUUGCGGCAUGGGUGGGCAUAGAGGUGCUGGGAGAUCCAAAGCCAGGAUCAAAUGUGUUCGUCUCUGCCGCUUCUGGAGCUGUGGGAAUGUAUGCUGGCCAGCUUGCUAAGCUUCGAGGUUGCAGGGUCAUUGGAAGUACUGGCUCUGAUGAUAAGAUAAAGCUUAUGAAAGAGGAAUUUGGGUAUGAUGACGGAUUCAAUUACCACAAGGAAACAGAUUAUGACGCUGCUUUAAGCAGGUAUUUCCCAAACGGUAUAGAUGUUUACCUUGAUAAUGUUGGGGGCAGGAUGCUUGAAGCUGUGCUUAAUCAUGUCAACAAGUACGCACGCAUACCACUUUGCGGAAUGAUAUCCCAGUACAACAAGGUUUGGACAGAAAGGGAAGGGGUGAGGAAUCUGCUGAACAUGGUGGGGAAGGAAGUGAGGAUGGAGGGUUUUAUGCUGGCUUCAUAUUCUCAUCGAUUUGGAGAAUUCGCUGAAGUAAUGGAGAGAUACAUCAAGGAAGGAAAAGUCAAGACCAAGACUAAAAUCAACAUGGGGAUCGAGAGCUUUUUAGAGAGCUUAGCCUCCUUAUUCACAAGCUCCAAUGUUGGCAAAGUUGUUGUUCAGGUGAAGCCAUAAUUCGAGAUAUGAUUCAUGUCGUGUUUGUGACGGUCUAAAUGCUUCAGAUUCAGCUUGUAAAGUGUUUUGAACCCUUCUUAUUUAUGUCCUUCUAUGAAACUUACCUGAUUUGGAAGCAAUUAACGAUGGUGUGUUUUUCCCUGCUGAAUCUCAUCUUAUAUGGGUCUCUUUCAGAAAGAGUCCGUUCAUAGGGAUUAUUUCCGCC